CAUGUUUUGAGCCUCGUAUCCAACUCCGAAUGUAUGCGGCACAUCUUCAAGUUCGGAAUUGUUUCGCUGAGGGCCGCUCACUGAUGCAACAUAGCCCGCCCUGCAGCAUGUGAAUUUGAUCAGGGAAAAGGUUUUCAUGUCGCUCAACUCUCCAGGGAAGCACCGAGGUGACCGAGAUGAUAGGACGCUUUCGGAGACUCCUACCGAGGACGCGUUAUUCGGAUCGCGCCGAACGUGCUUUCAGCAAUCUUGGCGUCCGUCACUGUUAUCGUGUACUCGCGUCGACGACACUCUUUCCUCGUCAAGUACAUACUUUCGAAACAUCACAUUGUCUACUCUCAGAAUGAAACCGUGCGAGAAGAAUAAACCGCGCAUCAUCAUUCAUGGUGGUGCUGGAAACAUCACUCGCUCGAAUCUGACAAAAGAUGCUUAUCAAGCCUAUCGGUCUGCUCUUCUCUCGAUCCUACACGCUUCAAAUGCUUUGUUGUCAAAGCCUGGCGCCACAGCCUUGGAUGUCGCGACUCAUGCCGUUUCCAUGCUAGAAGACAAUCCUCUCUUUAAUUCAGGUCAUGGUGCCGUCUACACCACAGCAGGAACACAUGAAUUGGAGGCUUCCGUCAUGGUCAGCAAAGGCUGCCACAAGCGUGGUGUUGGUGUGAUGGAAGUAUCAGGAGCAAAGAAUCCCAUCAAGCUCGCGCGAGAGCUUCUGAUCAGAGGUGAAGAUAUCGAUGGAGGUGGUGCUGCAGGUCACGUUCAACUAGCAGGUGAAACUGCUAAUAAACUUGCUGAAGAAUGGGGCUUGGAGACUGUGAGUCCUGGAUAUUACUGGACUAAGCGACGAUGGGACGAACAUCGUAAGGCGUUGGGCAAGUCUACAGAUCGUGAGACUUAUCUGAAGCAUAAGAGGCGGGCUGAUAAGUGCAUGUCUUUUGUUGAGGAGAGUGCGGCAGAUGCUAGAGACAUCGACACUCACGACCCAUCUUGGGAUGGCUCAGAAUAUCUGCCACAAGGGACUGUAGGUGCAGUCGUUCUCGAUAGCGAUGGCAUGCUCUGCGUGGCUACCUCGACAGGUGGACUCACAAACAAGCUUCCUGGCAGGAUAGGGGAUACUCCUACGCUAGGAGCAGGUUUUUGGGCUGAACAAUGGACUGACCAGCAGUCAAACUACCACCCUCAGGCUAUGGUGUGUCAACAACAGACUUUAUCACCUGCAACGAGACUUGCCAACGGCGACUUCGGCGGUUUCCUCCAAGACUGCUUGCCUACUUUCUCGUCAUACCUACCUAUUGCCUCCCAAGAGGACUCUUCUUCCAAUCAAUCAUCGAAAUUCAUCCCAUCGCCCCAUGGAGUAGCUCUGUCAGGCACGGGUAAGAUGUCUCUCUCCCACAUUUCCCAUAGACAACUCUGACCUCUCUUACAGGCAACGGCGAUUCCUUCCUCAAGACCGCUGCAGCUCGUACGGCUUGCGCAAUGACACGUUUCUCCUCUCCGCCACUUCCAUUCGCAGUAUC